UCAAACAUAACAUACCCGCCCGUUUUCCCCAGAACGAGGAGUUAGGGGAAAUGAAGUUGUCUGACAACAGUUAGCCAGCAGAAAUACUUUUUAGGUCACGAGAAAAUAAUUUUGCACGAUAGUGAUGAAGGUCGUUAAUAGGUGUGGUGUAUAGGUUUAGUAUAAGUCUUACACUUCCCACAGGAUAUUUUCAAAACAUUUCGCAGUCACCUUCUGAGCUUGACUCAACUCAUCACCUUCUCAUCAUGCCUUUCCCCUUCGGGAAGUCUCAGAAGAGCCCAGCAGAGAUUGUGAAGAGUCUGAAGGAGAACGUGGCUUACUUGGAAAAGCUGGAUGCGGCAGAAAGCAAAAAAUGUGAAAAGGUUGCAGAAGAGGUGUCUAAGAACCUGUCAUCGCUGAAAGAGGUGCUGUGUGGUACAGGAGACAAGGAGCCCCAAACGGAGGCUGUGGCCCAACUGGCCCAGGAGCUGUACAACACCAACCUCCUUAUUGCUCUCAUUGCAAACCUGCAGAGGAUUGAUUUUGAGGGAAAGAAGGAUGUGGUCCAGCUGUUCAGCAACAUUGUACGGCGUCAGAUUGGCACCCGUACGCCCACGGUUGAGUAUAUCUCCUCACACCCACAGAUCCUCUUCAUGCUGCUGAAAGGGUACGAGAGUGCGGAGGUGGCUCUGAACUGUGGGAUGAUGCUAAGGGAGUGCCUGCGUCAUGAGCCCCUGGCACGCAGCGUUCUCUUCUCGGAGGACUUCUACUGCUUCUUCCGCUAUGUAGAGCUCUCCACCUUCGACAUCGCCUCAGACGCUUUCGCUUCAUUCAAGGAUCUUCUCACGAGACAUAAGAUUAUGUGCGCAGAUUUUCUGGAGACCAAUUAUGACAGGGUGUUUACAGAAUAUGAGAAGCUCCUGCAUUCUGAGAAUUAUGUCACCAAACGGCAGUCCCUGAAGCUUCUGGGAGAGCUUCUUCUGGACAGACAUAACUUCACUGUGAUGACCAAGUACAUCAGUCGUGCCGAGAACUUGAAGCUGAUGAUGAACAUGCUGCGAGACAACAGCCGCAACAUCCAGUUUGAGGCCUUCCAUGUCUUCAAGGUGUUUGUGGCCAACCCCAACAAGACUCAGCCUGUGCUGGACAUCCUGCUGAAGAACCAGACCAAGCUGGUGGACUUCCUGAGCCACUUCCAGACAGAUCGCUCCGAGGACGAGCAGUUCUGCGACGAGAAGAACUACCUAAUCAAGCAGAUCCGCGACCUGAAGAGGCCCCCGCCACCAGAGGAGGCAUGAGGGGACAGGCAGGGGGACGCCAGUUCAGAGGGCGAGAGUGAGAAUGAUGGUGAGAGCGAGAGAGGCAUGCUUGACUAGAAUCCAUUACUCUUCCCUUCUCUUAACUUCAAACAUAGGCAAAAUAUAUUGUACAAACUCCCUCCUCAUCCCUUUUUAAGUUUCUAAUGCUCAUGUGGGAACGGAGGUGAUUUUUAAGGCGCACCCAACAAGUGACCCAAGAACAGUUAUUUAAACCAUAGAGCAAUUUCAGCCAAUUGGUAUGAAUCAAUGCACUUAGUCAGAUGAUGUUAUAUUGGACCUUAAACACACCAUUAUUCUCUUUUAAUAAGCACAGUAGCACACCUGAGCAAUCCCUGGGAAAUUAGAAUACAUGGUCAACAUAAAACAGAAUACACUCUCCGACAACAGGCAAAGACUCCCCAAACCUUACAGGAAAUGUAAAAUGGAUUUGCAAGCUUUUAAAGACCGAUGUCCUAUAUGAUAUUUUAGGAACUAGAAUUUUUAAAUAAAUAUAUUAUUUUGCUGGGGUAGUUAACAUUUAUUUUGUAACUGUCUUGAUUCUGACACCACACUUAACUAAUUCCAUAAUAUCUUGGUUUAUUGCUUUAUUUAAGAGCUCUUUCGUUGAUCCGGGACUUUUACUAUAUGGAUGACCUUAGUGGUAUUAUUCUUUGCUUGGGAUAGACACUUUGAUCGAAGUAGGUAAUUGUAAUCUUUAGUUGCGUCAGUUGUCCUAAUAGGAUCCAUCAGAGAUUACAGUAACAAAAAAUAUGAAAACAUGAAUCAAUGAGAUUUGUGAGGUAUGGGCCAGGCUAGUGGACUAAAAUAGACAGUGUCAGAUAACGCUGCAGGGUGACUGUAGGCAGCCAUCCAUUCUUUACUCUGAUUGAUCCCAAUGCUAGCGCUCUCUUUUUCUCCGCCCGGAUGCUCGCUAGUUUUCAUAUGCAGUUAGGAACUGGUGUAAGAUAGGAAGGUGUUUUUUCUUUUAGAAAUGAUCACUUAAUAAUAAUAAUAUUGCUUUGCAGACAUCUGAUAAGAUGUAUCCUCCCAACAAUGUUACUAACACAUAGUAUCUUAUCGGACAAGAAUAAUACAACACAAAAGUAACACUAUAAUGUUUCAGAGCAGCAGAAUCUGCCAGAGUUCUGAUACUCCUAAAAUGCUAGUAAGCAUGGGCUUCCAUGAGCUGCAUGUUGUAUUUCAGGCCUCACUCUCACGCAGUCAGACACACUGGUCAGGAAGCCAUUGCAGAGGCCUUUAAACACAUUACAUGAUCCACAUAAUGACCUGCAUUGUCAAACUUGAAUGAGCCAAUUGGGAUGAUUUAUGUUGAAUCCAAUGCACCUAAUUGGUCACAUUCUCUCAAUGGGGGUUUGACUCAUGGUUAGGACCUAUCAAUACCUCUAUCAAUAAUUACAUUGUAUGUUGUCCAGAUGAACAAAAAAAUAGGAUUAUCAUGAAAUAACAUAAUGUUUGCCUUACCUGGUGUCACUUAAAUUGCAUAAUAACAGAUUACAGAAAUAUAUGGUGUCUGUUUGCACAAUUCUAGUAUAUACCUCAUGGGGUUUUGAGUUCAUAAGUGCUGUGUUCUCUAUUUUCCUUGACAAUAUAUUUUAUUUGAUAUUUUGGAUAAACAGCAGUGGUUUGUAUUAUGAAUGCUAAAUAAAUCAAUGUUUUUGUUUUGAAUUUAAGCAGGGAGUGGGACCUGGUUUUCUCUUAGGGGAAAGACUUUUCAACUAAAUGUAUUUGUUGGGUGCCUCAUGUCAAUUCAUAAUGAAUUACAGGAUUGGCCCCACAAAAGUAUGAAUGUUUCCUUACUUUCAGAAUUUUUAUUUGAUUGUGAAGACCAUCUAUGUGGAUGUAUAGACCUCUCAAUUUUCUUAACCAAAGGUAAUUUGAGGGAGAAAAUAAUGCAAGUCCCAAACAACGCCAACUUCACUGGCCCAGAUCAAAUUAAUUUUACUUAGUAAAUGAUUAACUGCAAAUGUGAUUUCAUGAAUCUAGAUAAACCUUGAAUAUACUUCUGGACUAGAGAUGGUAUUCCAGGACUUUUUUCCCAAAAGUGCAAUUUAAUGCAGCAGUACUAUAGGCUUAAUCUGGGUCACUAUAAUCAGCCCACAUACUAUUAGUUAUUGGAAUUCCAGAUCACCUGUUUUGUGGUACACUAAGCAUUAAACAAAGUGUUUGAUCUCAACUUUAAACUGAAUAAUUUCUUAGAGGAAAUCAAAUAUAAAGCAAAAUGUUUCAGAUCAUUUUAAGACCUCUGGUUACUUGGCUAGUAUAAUAACUCAAUGGCAAUAUUAUAACAUUCUCAAGAUUUCUCAAGGCUAAAUAAUUGUUGGGUGAUUCAGAAUUUUGCAUUUGAACUGUAAAAUGUUUGCUUUACUUUCACUCUGUUGCCUUCCUAUUUUCCCAUAGGCUUUGUAUCUGAUUAUUUUCUUUAUUUACUGUGGGAGAAGAUUAAAUGUGUACAUAGCUUUAUUUUAAAAGGUGAAAUUGUGGAAACAUAUAUAAAAUUUUAAGACACCA